AAAAUGGAGGACUAGAGCUGGUUACACUGUGAAAAUGACAUAAUGGAAAUAUCAGUUUGAACCAGUGUCGUAAACGACAGCCUCCCACAGUAUUCCUGGGAGGUUUGAACUGUCUUGAAUUUUUAUGAUACUGGCAUACCAGAUAUAUAGCGUUUUUGGCUUUCAGACUCGCAGUUCUUAAUCCGUCACGAGGAACACAGACAAAAAUGGCAAUGGAAAGAGCAAAGUAUGUUGAAACUCCAGUUCAGAGUUGCAGUAAAACAAGGGGACUUCCAGGAUUGCCCCCUCUACCAUCCACUAUGAAGGAACCUUCGGAUCUAUAUAAGAUUGUCCUUCGCAACAGUGAACAUCCACCAAUCAUGAAAGGAACAUCUUGGACAUUGGCUGCUCCUUAUAAAGAACAGAAAUACCACAGAACACCGAGUGAAUCAAUAGCAAAUAAUUACACUCCAACAGCAAGUGACCUUAAACUGAGAGAUCUACCAAAGCUUACCAGAUCAAAAACUAGAAUAUCAAAAGGUCCUUCAGGAAGCCCUCGAACAAAUGGCUUUACCAGAUGUAAAACUAUCAUUGAAGAUGGUAAAGACAAAGAAGAAAAUGGUGUGAAUGGAGUAAAUGGUGAACAGAAAAAUGGAAUGAAUGGAUACGAAGUCCUACCAGACAUCCAGGAUCUGCCCCCAAGCCGCCCCAUGACACCCACGGAACAAAUGGACAUUAUGUUGGCUAUAGAAGAGGAAAAUAGACAACAGACAGGAGAACCAACAGAAAGGGACGAAGCAAGGUACUACUACUACAUAGAGAAGGGCAUUCGGCGUGAGAUGCUAGCACUGCCACACCCUGACACAAUGAAGAAUAUCUGCCAGCUUGUACCCAGUCCAUUACUGUCCAGUAUUGAACUGAAAGGCAUGGUGGAAGACCUCACAAAGGAAGUCAACAGUGACUAUGAGUUCAGCAUUCGCAAAACCAUUGUUGACUAUAUCCUAAAAGAUCCCACAGAGAAAGACAGACUCCACAUUGCAUGGACCCCAAAACCAUUUCAGAAAAGGAUUAUUCGGGCACCAGUUCCUUGGCACUCUACCUACAGUGAUCUGAAGGCCUAUAACAUGGAACAUCUGUUCAUCACCAACCCCAUCAUGUUGGAGCUCCAGGACAUCUGGUUUGAUCAGUUUAACCAUCUGAGAUUUGUGAACCUUAAGGAACUGAGGGAAGCUGACCUCCCCCUUCUCCCUAACGAGUUUGAGUCUCUUGUAAAGAAACAAUGUUGGGAGGCUCAUGAAGUCCUCCGUAAAAGCUGGAUACCUACUUGUGCCAAGAUAUUUGUGGACAAGAACGAGCUCUGGCAGGAUCUAGUGCCUCCCAACGACACAGACUCCACCCAGCUUGUGGAGGAAUUCUUCGCUUGUGUAGCUGCACUCAUGUCAAUACAGCUUCGCUCAAUGGUCAUCAACUCUCUGAUAGACUUCCUAGAGUUCUUUGAAACUCACAAGGGAGGCAAUGACUUUGGUGACACAUUUGAUGAGCUCCAGUAUGUAAUGGACCAAGUGAUGAUCAUCAAGCUCAGGGUGGAUGAACCAAGGAUUCAGUUUGAUCCUCCAUUCAGGGAGAUCAGAGAUAUUAUUCUCAGAUGUUUCUCUGAAAUCAUCGCUAGUGGAGAAGGGCUAACAAGGGUGGAAUGUGAGUUGUUCCCAGACAUGCGUGCCCAGAGGCUGCUCUUGAGGAGUGUAAAGAUUGAGGAAACACUUGUCACUGACUAUGUUGACAAGGCCAUGGACAUCUUCAAAAUUAACACCACGGGACCACAGAAAUACUUGAAUACCUACAAAAAGUACUCUGACCUUCUGGACAACAAGGCAGAUCAGGAUGUAGCAUCAUUCCUACGGGAAAAGCACUCAAUUGAGGCUUUCAAAAAGAAAAUCAUCAGUUUCCAGGAUUUGAAGGAUGAGAUCAGCCUGCUGCGUAUCACAGUACCACUGAGCAUGUUUUGUUUGGACUGUGUCAACCUCAACAAUGACCUGGGUGCUCGGGCCAUGAGGCUGAAAGAGAAGCUAGUAACACACCAAGUGGAUGAAAACAGAGAGCUGAACAGAGGAAUCUGUAAGCGUUACGAUGAGAUGGCCGACAAAGUCAGCGAGAUUCCAGAGACAACCAAAGAACUAGUAGAUACCCAGGAGUACCUAAAAACGUCGUCGGAUGUAACAGUGUACAAACUGAAGGAUGAGAUAGAGGAUGCUACGAGUCGGCUCAUGUUCCUGUUGGACUACGCUAUCUUCCCAUUGGAGGAUACCAAGUUGAACAGUCUGGUGUUCCUGUGGCCGGAUCACAUCAAGUCUGUGUUUGAGCUGUCCCAAUCAAGGAUUGUCAACAAGCGGGACCAUAUUGAGGACGAGCUAAAGAGGAGGACACAAGCAUACGAGGAAAAACUCAAUGAUAUGGUCAAGGAAGUAGAGUCAUUCAGGAAGAAAGAGUUCCUAAGUGAGGAGGCCAUGAGGACCAACACAGAACAGCUGGCAACUCUCACCACCAACCUGGAAAGUGCCCGGGACGAACUGGAGGGAAUCAAUGAGGAGGAACGGCUGCUCGAGUGGGAGACCAGUGAAUUCCCUCAAUUAAAAACCAUGUUCACCGCCAAGGAACCAUAUGAAAAGUUAUGGGGAACAGCUUACACUUUCCAUCAGAAACACGAGAAGUGGCUUACUGGUGCUUUCCAGGGCUUGAAUGCCGAGGAGAUUGAGACAGAAGUAUCAGACAUGUGGAGAACCAUGUACAAGCUGACAAAAUCCUUCAAUGACCAAGCAGGGCCAAGGAGAAUUGCUGAUAACACCAAGAACAAGAUCGAUAAAUUUAAGCAGCAUCUUCCCAUUCUACAGACCAUCUGUAAUCCUGGUAUCAGGGAUCGUCAUUGGGAGUCUAUGAGCAAGAUUGUUGGAUUUGAUCUGAAACCCCAGCCAGAGACUUCCCUCAGUAACAUGUUGGAAUAUGGUCUCAGCAAACAUCUACAGAAGCUGGAGGAGAUUGGAGCUGCAGCAGCUAAGGAACAUUCCUUGGAAAAGGCUUUGGAGAAGAUGAAGUUUGAGUGGAAGGAUCAGUGCUUUGAACUCAUUCCAUACAGAGAAACAGGUGUGUGUAUCCUCACAGCUCCGGAUGAAAUCCAGGUGUUACUGGAUGACCAUAUUGUAAAAUCUCAGACAAUGAGGGGCUCACCAUUCAUCAAGCCAUUUGAGACUGAAAUGAAAGAGUGGGAGGAGAAGCUGGUCAUGAUGCAAGACAUCCUUGAUGAAUGGCUGAAGUGCCAAGCCACCUGGCUGUAUUUGGAGCCCAUCUUCAGUUCUGAGGAUAUCCUGGCCCAAAUGCCUGAGGAAGGCCGUAAAUUUGGCAUUGUGGAUAACAUUUGGCGAGAUGUGAUGGGAGAGGCUAUCAAAGACAACCACUGCUUGGUUGCUACUGCUCAGAACAAUAUGUUGGGCAGACUGCGGGAAUCCAAUCGUCUUCUUGAGGAAAUCCAGAAGGGGCUGAAUGCUUACUUGGAGAAGAAACGUCUAUACUUCCCAAGGUUUUUCUUCCUGUCCAAUGACGAGCUAUUAGAAAUCCUGUCAGAGACCAAGGAUCCAAUGAGAGUACAACCUCAUUUGAAGAAAUGUUUUGAGGGCAUCAGUCGUUUGGACUUCUCAGAGACACAAGAAAUCCUUGGCAUGAUCUCUUCAGAGAAUGAAACUGUCCCCUUUAGUACCAAGAUCAUUCCAGCUAAAGCAAAGGGUAUGGUUGAGAAGUGGUUGCUGCAAGUGGAAGAUGUGAUGAUCAGUAGUCUGAGAAAGGUUAUCAUAGAGUCUUUGGAAGCCUACAAAGUGACCAACAGAAAUAACUGGGUACUGGAGUGGGCAGGACAGGUGGUCAUUUGUGCAUCCUCCAUCUACUGGACAACAGAGGUAUCAGAGGCCAUGACAGAGCAAGGAGGACUGAAGAAAUAUCACCUAAAAUGUAAUGAUCAGAUAGCUGAUAUUGUACAACUCGUGAGAGGCAAAUUGGAGACUGGACACAGAGUUACCCUGGGAGCUCUCACUGUCAUAGAUGUGCAUGCUCGUGAUGUUGUGGCUAAGCUAGCUGAGGACAAUGUGUCCAGUCCCAAUGAUUUUGAUUGGCUGGCUCAGUUGCGGUACUACUGGGACAAAGACGAUGUGGUUGUACGUAUGAUCACCACAGAUACUGCCUAUGGAUACGAGUACCUUGGCAACAGUGGUCGUCUGGUCAUUACUCCCCUCACAGACAGAUGCUACAGAACAUUGAUGGGAGCACUUAAACUGAACCUUGGAGGUGCUCCAGAGGGACCAGCUGGAACAGGGAAAACAGAAACCUGCAAAGAUCUGGCCAAGGCUGUCGCAAAGCAGUGUGUCGUGUUCAACUGCUCGGAUGGCUUGGACUUCAAGGCUAUGGGAAAAUUCUUCAAGGGUUUGGCCCAAGCUGGGGCAUGGGCUUGCUUUGAUGAGUUCAACCGUAUUGAGCUGGAGGUAUUGUCUGUGGUGGCACAACAGAUUGCCAGUAUUCAGAAUGCCAUUGCUGCACGACUCAAACGUUUCAUGUUUGAGGGCACUGAACUGUCACUGAAUCCCACCUGUACCAUGUUUAUCACCAUGAACCCUGGCUAUGCUGGCCGACAGGAGUUACCAGACAAUCUGAAGGUGUUGUUCCGAACAGUAGCUAUGAUGGUGCCAGACUACGGAAUGAUAGGAGAAAUCUCACUGUACUCCAUGGGCUUUGUAAAUGCCAGAAGUCUUGCCAACAAAAUUGUGGCAACAUACAAGCUGUGCUCUGAGCAGCUGUCAUCUCAGCACCAUUAUGAUUACGGGAUGAGGGCGGUCAAAUCUGUCCUUACAGCAGCUGGCAACCUCAAGCUCAAAUACCUCGACCAAGAUGAAGCAAUUCUCCUUCUCAAGGCUAUCAUGGAUGUGAACUUGCCAAAGUUUUUGGCUCAGGAUGUGCCCCUGUUUCAAGGUAUCAUUUCUGACUUGUUUCCUGGAAUUGAAUGUCCAAAGCCUGAUUAUGGCCCCUUUAUGGAUGCUUUGAAAGAGAACACAGAGAAAAUGAAACUACAGACCGUACCAUGGUUCCUGGAGAAGAUCAUACAGGUGUAUGAAAUGAUUCUGGUACGGCACGGAUUGAUGGUGGUUGGUGAACCUCUGGGAGGAAAGACUAAAGGCUGGCAGGUCCUAGCGGCAGCCCUGAGUGACCUUCAAGCCAUUGGGGCUUUUGAUGAGUUUAAGACGGUUUACAGAAUCAUUAACCCAAAGGCCAUCACUAUGGGUCAACUGUAUGGAUGUUUUGAUCCAGUAUCUCAUGAAUGGACUGAUGGUGUUCUGGCCAACACAUUCAGAGAAUAUGCCAGUAACCCUAACUCUGACAGGAAGUGGAUUCUCUUUGAUGGCCCUGUGGAUGCUGUCUGGAUCGAGAAUAUGAACACUGUGUUGGACGAUAACAAAAAGUUGUGUCUGAUGAGUGGUGAGAUCAUUCAGAUGAGUAACAAGAUGAACCUGAUAUUUGAGCCUGCUGACCUAGAGCAGGCCUCGCCUGCUACCGUGAGCAGAUGUGGUAUGAUCUACUUGGAACCCCACCAGAUGGGCUGGCGGCCAUUCAAAGACUCCUACAUGCAGCAUGAGCUGCCACAAAAACUCUCUCAAGAAAACAAGGACCUUGUCAAUGACUUGUUUGAAUGGCUCAUUGAGCCUUGUCUGUAUUUCAUUAACAAAAAUUGUAAGCUGUUUCUACAGACGUCAGACAUGCAUCUAGUCCAGUCCCUGAUGAGACUGUACACAUGUCUAUUGGAUGAGGUCGCAGACUCUGUCAACAACCCACCAGUAGAGGGAGAGGAGGUUACCCGAGAUAUUCUCUCCAAUCAACAGAUUACCCUGUGGCUUCAAGGUCUGUUUGUGUUCUCCUUAAUCUGGACAGUGGGUGGCACCAUAACUGGGGAUAGCAGGAAGAAGUUUGAUCAAUACUUCCGCAAUAUCCUAAGUGGUACUGAUACCGAACACCCCAAACCUAAGAGCAUCAAGAUCACAAAGAGUAACAUGAUUCCAGAGAAGGCCACCAUCUAUGACUUCUCUUUUGAAAAGAAGGGUGGUGGAAACUGGAUAGACUGGUUGGAUACUAUUGAUCGUGCUUCUAUGACCAUUCCUAAUGAUGCCAAGGUGAGUGAGAUCACUGUACCAACAGCUGAGACAGCCAGGCAGUCAUUUUUCCUAGAGACUUAUCUCAAGCACGAGCAGUCCAUGCUGUUUAUAGGUCCCACCGGUACUGGUAAAUCUGCCAUCACCAACAACUACCUCCUCAGCUUGCCCAAGGAUGUGUAUGUGGCUAACUGCAUCAACUUCUCGGCCAGAACUUCGGCCAAUCAGACACAGGAUAUUGUUAUGUCAAAGCUGGACAGGAGGAGGAAAGGUGUGUUUGGUCCCCCUAUGGGGAAGAAAUCAGUGGUGUUUGUAGAUGACUUAAAUAUGCCUGGCAAGGAGAAGUAUGGAGCACAGCCUCCCAUUGAGUUACUACGACAGUGGCUUGACCAUGGUCACUGGUACGACAGGAAGGACACAACCAAAGUUUUCCUUACUGAUGUGCUGUUUGUGGCAGCCAUGGGCCCCCCUGGAGGAGGCCGUAAUGACAUCACCAGUCGGUUCACACGCCACCUCAAUAUUACAUCAAUAGAUGAAUUUGAUGACAACACUAUGACCAGAAUUUUCACCAAUAUUACUGACUGGCAUUUUGGAAGAGGGUUUGAUAGUGCUUUUGUGAGAAAUGGCAAGCUGGUUGUCGCAGCAACAAUGGGUGUGUAUAAAACUGCUAUUCAGAGUUUCCUCCCUACACCCUCAAAGAGUCAUUACGUGUUCAACCUGCGUGAUUUUGCUCGUGUGAUUCGAGGAGUGUUGCUAGUGCCUCACACAAACAUGAGUGAGACAGACAAGCUGUUUCGACUGUGGAUACACGAAGUGUACAGGGUAUUCUACGACCGUCUGAUUGACAAUGAGGAUCGCGAGAUGUUUUUCAAUAUUGUGAAGGAGCAGUGUUCCAACCAUUUCAAGACAAACAUUGACAAACUUCUGGGACAUUUAUCAAAGAGUGGAUCUGUGAUGGAUGACAACAUCAGAAAUUUGUUCUUUGGGGACUUCAUGAUACAGGAAAACAAAAUUUAUGAUGAAAUUUCAGAUUUCAAACAGCUUUCAUCCAUGAUGGAAUAUUAUUUGGAAGAGUACAACAUGAUCAGUAAAGCACCCAUGCAUCUUGUGAUGUUCAAGUUUGCCAUUGAACAUAUCUCCCGUGUGAGCCGGGUCCUGCUACAGGACAGUGGAAAUGCUCUACUUGUUGGUAUUGGAGGCAGUGGGAGACAGAGUGCAGCAAAACUGGCAACCUUCAUGGCAGAUUAUGAUAUCUUUAUGAUUGAAAUCACCAAGAACUACUCAAAUAAUGAGUGGAGGGAAGACCUUAAAAGGCUCCUGUUGAAGGCAGGCUGUGAGAACAAGCCAAUCACUUUCCUAUUUGCGGACACACAAAUCAAAGACGAGUCAUUCAUGGAAGACAUCAGUAUGAUCCUUAACACGGGAGAUGUACCUAACCUGUUUGCGUCGGACGAGAAGGCAGAACUCAUUGAGAAAAUGCAGGCUGUAGCUAGGGCUGAGGGAAAGAAAAUGGAUGCUACCCCUCUGGCCAUGUAUAACUACUUCAUAGAGAAGGUGAUGCAGAACCUACACAUUGUACUGGCUAUGAGUCCUAUAGGUGAUGCCUUCAGAAACAGAUUGAGGAUGUUCCCCUCACUCAUCAAUUGUUGUACCAUAGAUUGGUUCCAGCCCUGGCCCUCUGAUGCUCUUGAGAUGGUGGCUAAUAAAUUCCUGGAGGAGGUGGAGCUGGAGGACCAUAUGCGCAAGUCCUGUGUAGUCAUGUGUAAACACUUCCAUGAAAGUGUGCACCAGUUGUCCACCAGUUUCUUUGAGCAGUUGCGGAGACAUAACUAUGUGACACCUACAUCGUACCUGGAGUUGAUAAUGACAUUUAAAACCCUGCUGGGCCUGAAGCGUGAUGAGAUCAGCACCCUACGUAACCGCUAUCUUGUUGGCUUGGAGAAACUUGACUUUGCAGCCUCACAGGUAGCUGUGAUGCAACAAGAACUUCGAGAACUACAGCCAGAACUUAUCAAAACAUCAGCAGAAACAGAAAAGUUGAUGAUAAAAAUUGAGCAGGAUACAGUUGAAGUGGAAGCCAAGAAAGAGGUGGUAGCUGCUGAUGAGGCUGUAGCUAAUGAGGCUGCGGCUGCUGCUCAGGCCAUCAAGGAUGAGUGUGAGAGUGAGCUGGCAGAAGCCAUCCCAGCACUGGAGGCUGCUAUUGCUGCACUCAACACACUCAAACCCUCAGACAUCACACUUGUCAAGUCUAUGAAGAACCCACCGCCUCCCGUAAAGUUGGUGAUGGAGUCGAUAUGUGUGAUGCUGGGUAUGAAGUCUGAGAGGAAGCCUGACCCAAGUGGAUCAGGCAAAAUGAUUGAGGACUACUGGGGACCAUCUCAGAAAGUGCUCAGUGACUUCAAGUUCCUAGACAGGCUUAAAACCUAUGACAAAGAUAACAUACCACCUGCUAUUAUCAAGAAGAUUAGAGAAAAGUACAUGACCAAUCCUGACUUUGACCCUAACCUGAUUAAGAAUGCCUCCACUGCCUGUGAAGGGCUGUGUAGAUGGGUGAAGGCCAUGGACAUAUACGACAGAGUGGCAAAAGUGGUGGCUCCUAAGAAGAUAAAGCUAAAAGGUGCUGAAGCUGAACUGGCUGUCCAGAUGGACAAACUGAAUGAGAAGCGUGCACAACUCAAACAGGUGACAGACAAACUACAGGCUCUCAAUGAUGAGUUUGAGGAGAUGACGCAAAAGAAAAAGGACUUGGAGGCAAAUAUUGAUAUUUGUGAGAAAAAGCUUGAUCGUGCUGAGAAACUAAUUGGUGGUCUCGGAGGAGAAAAAGACAGAUGGACUGAGGCUGCUCGCCUGUUGGGGGAGAAGUUCAUCAAUAUCACUGGUGAUGUGCUGUUGUCCUCGGGAGUGGUAGCCUAUCUUGGUGCCUUCACAGUCUCCUUCAGGAAUGAGAUCAUCAAAGACUGGCAUGAUGCAUCAAAGACUAAUGAAAUUCCUUGUUCUGAGAUUUUCUCACUGAAUGCAAUACUAGGGGACCCUGUGAAGAUUCGAGCAUGGAAUAUUGCUGGUCUGCCAGUCGACUCCUUCAGUGUUGAUAAUGGUAUUGUAGUCAACAACUCACGCAGGUGGCCACUGAUGAUUGAUCCUCAAGGUCAGGCAAACAAAUGGGUGAAAGCAAUGGAGAAGGACAAUAAGCUGGGUAUAAUCAAAUUGUCUGACACCAACUAUCUGAGGACCCUGGAGAACGCUAUCCAGUUUGGUACACCAAUCCUACUGGAGAAUGUUGCAGAGGAGCUUGACCCAAUCCUAGACUCAAUUUUACAGAAACUGACGUUUAAACAACAGGGUGUAGAGUACAUACGUCUGGGAGACAGUGUUAUAGAAUACUCCAAUGACUUCAAACUGUACAUCACCUCUAGAUUGAGAAACCCACACUACCUCCCAGAGGUGUCUGUAAAGGUGUGUCUGGUUAACUUUAUGAUCACACCACAAGGUCUUGAGGACCAGCUGCUGGGUAUUGUGGCAGCUAAGGAGAAACCACAGCUAGAGGAGAAGAAAAAUGUUCUUAUCCUUGAGAGUGCUCAGAAUAAGAAACAGCUCAAAGAGAUUGAAGACAAGAUUCUGGAGGUCCUGUCAUCCUCACAGGGUAACAUUUUAGAAGAUGAGACAGCUAUUAAGGUUCUGUCCUCAUCCAAAGUUUUGUCAGAAGAGAUCUCAGCCAAACAGGAAAUAGCAGCUAAGACAGAACUGGAGAUUGAUCAGACCAGGAAUGGUUACAAACCGGUGGCUGUACAUUCCUCUAUCCUCUUCUUCUGUAUCUCUGACCUUGCCAACAUUGAGCCUAUGUACCAGUACUCUCUUACAUGGUUUAUCAACCUUUAUAUACAGUCAAUUAUAAACAGUUCACCAUCCAAUGAGCUGGAUGAGCGUAUCUUCAAUCUGAAUGAUCACUUCACCAACAGUAUAUAUCGCAAUGUGUGUCGUUCCCUGUUUGAGAAGGACAAACUGCUCUUCUCCUUUGUACUGUGUGUGGGCAUCAUGAAGGGCCAGUUUAAUGCCCGAGUAGGUCGUGUGGAUGAAGAUGUGUGGCGUUUCCUGUUGACGGGAGGAGUAGCCCUGGAAAACCCCCAUCCAAACCCUGCUCCGGAGUGGCUGGGAGACAAGUCCUGGGGAGAGCUUGUACGAGCCAGCAACCUACCUAACAUGAAAGGACUCUUUCAGCAUGUGAAAGAGAACAUUGGGGAAUGGAAAAAGAUGUAUGACUCCCCAACUCCUCAGAUCCACAAGUACCCCAGUCCUUUCGACACACUUAGAGGCAUGUUCAAGAUGGUUGUAUUGAGAUGUCUACGACCAGACAAAAUCAUCCCUGCUGUACAGAAUUUCAUAGUGGAAAAUCUAGGUCAGUCUUACAUUGAACCUCCCACCUUUGACCUGGCAGGUUCAUUCAGAGACUCCAAUUGCUGUGCCCCUCUGAUCUUUGUUUUGUCACCCGGCGCUGAUCCUAUGAUGGCACUGCUCAAGUUUGGUGAGAGUAAAGGCUACUCUACAGCAGCUGGUACAAUCCAGACCAUUUCUCUUGGUCAGGGUCAGGGUCCAAUAGCAGCAGGUAUGAUAGACAAGGCAAUAAAGAAUGGGUCGUGGGUAGUACUACAGAACUGUCAUCUGGCCACCAGUUGGAUGCCCAAGCUAGAGAAGAUCUGCGAGGAGGUGAUUAUACCAGAAGAGACAAACAAAGACUUCCGUCUCUGGCUUACCAGCUAUCCAUCAGAACAGUUCCCAGUGUCUAUCCUACAGAAUGGUGUGAAGAUGACCAAUGAACCACCUAAGGGUCUGAGAGCCAACCUUCUACGGUCCUACCUCAAUGAUCCUAUAUCUGAUCCCUCCUUCUUUGGAGGUUGUAACAAGCCUGUGAAAUUCCAUAAGAUGUUGUUUGGACUGUCAUUCUUCCAUGCCAUGGUGCAGGAACGCAGGAAGUUUGGUCCCCUAGGAUGGAAUAUUCCAUAUGAAUUCAACGAAUCUGAUCUCCGUAUCAGUCUCAGGCAGAUGUUGAUGUUCCUAAAUGAUUAUGAGGAGCUGCCCCUGCCUGCUCUUACCUAUCUGACUGGUCAGUGUAACUAUGGUGGGCGUGUGACUGAUGACAAGGAUAGACGACUUCUCGUCUCCAUCCUCUCCAUCUUCUUCACAAAGGAAAUCAUCACAAACAAGGACUACAGGUUUUCCCCGAGUGGACUGUAUUAUGCCCCAGAGGAAGGUGAACACCAGACCUACAUUGACUAUAUUAGGACCCUGCCAAUUAACCCCAAUCCUGAGGUAUUUGGGCUACAUGAGAACGCAGACAUUAGCAAGGACAACCAGGAAACACAGCUGUUAUUUGACAACAUCUUGCUUACUCUGCCAAGGCAGCAAAGCAAGGGAGGUAAAUCCACUGGGUCAGUUAUCCAGGACCUGUCUGUUGAUAUCCUCAGCAAGUUACCUGCAGACUUUGACUUGGAACAUGUGAUUAAAAAGUACCCUGUUGUGUACGACGAGUCAAUGAACACUGUACUGAGACAAGAACUCAUCCGCUUUAAUCGUCUGACCAAGGUGGUGCGGAUCUCACUCAUCAAUUUACAGAAAGCCAUUAAGGGAUUGGUACUCAUGUCCUCUGAUCUGGAGGAAGUGUUCCAGAGUAUGCUCAAUGGCAAGGUCCCAGCAGUGUGGGCAUCCAAGUCAUACCCUUCACUUAAACCUUUGGGCAGUUACAUCAACGAUCUUCUGGCUCGAUUGAAAUUCUUCAGUGAUUGGAUAGAAGUGGGUAUUCCAGCAACUUUCUGGCUUUCUGGUUUCUACUUCACACAGUCCUUCCUCACAGGUGUGUCCCAGAACUAUGCAAGAAAAUACACAAUUCCCAUUGAUGCUGUUGGUUUUGAGUUUGAGGUUACAAAGGAAGAGAAGGAAAUGACAAAAAAACCCGAGGAUGGAGCUUUUGUUUAUGGCUUAUUCUUGGAAGGAUCUCGCUGGGAUCGAGAAAAGAUGGUGUUGGGAGAAUCCCUACCAAAGAUCCUUUUCGACACCAUGCCUGUGAUCUGGCUAAAGCCCAAUCGUAUGGACCAAUUUGCUAAGAAGAACACUUACUCAUGUCCUGUGUACAAGACGAGUGCCAGGCGGGGUGUGCUAUCAACCACUGGACAUUCCACCAACUUUGUCCUGUUUAUAGAACUAGCAUCGGACAAAACUGCAGAUCACUGGAUCAACCGUGGUGUAGCUGGACUGUGUCAGCUGGACGACUAAUGCAUUGUGUAUGCCAUUCUCCUAGCAGGGUCUAUAAAGACCUUGUAUGUGUGAUAUAUACUGCUGAACACAAAAAAUACUGCUGUUAAUAUACUGCUGUCUGUUAAUAUACUGCUGUUUAUAUACAUUGUCUACCAUUUAUGUUUAACACCAAACAUUCCAUCAAAGUAUUAUUAGACGUUAUUUAUUUUGUAUGCAAUGCGUACUGCUUUUAUAAUGGACUGUGAAGAAAGAAGCUGUACUGUGAUAAAACAUGGAGAGAGGCUCUCUGUUUAAUCUGACAAAGUCUUGUGAUCUGUGAUAAAAGUUGGAGAAGCUUUGAGGACUGUGAUGUAAAUUAGAGAGAGGCUUUGUGAACGGUGAUGUAACCUGGAAAAAGACUGUCAACCAUGAUGUAACUCAGAGAGAGGGUCUAUGUGAACUGAGCCAAAGAGAGGCUGCAGAUGCUGGGACGUAUGAAGAUACUGUACUUUACAUUUUGUUAAAGUCAACGUAUAUAUUACAAGGCCAAUGAUAAUAUUACCAGACACAUUAUUACAGAACAUCAUGUCUUGAUUUUUGGCUUUAUUAUUUACUGGAAAUGAACUUGUACAUAUUUUGAAAUAUAAAAACUCACUUGUCCUAUUUCAUUUAGAUGAUUAGGACAUGAUAUUUGUUUCUACCACCAAUAAUGAUAUAUGUGCCUUGACUUGAAGCAUUCCAAUUUUUAAGCAUUUUAUUUUAGUUGUUUUGUAAACAUUUUUGUGAUGUCUCUUUUGUAGCAUGCCAUAAUAUAUAGCUCUUUGAGCAUGCCAUAUAUUCUCAUGUGCUGAUCUAGUUAACAUAGUGUUUGUGUGUAUUUACACAUUCAUCAAAUAUAUGUAGCAUAAUUAAUGUUAAUAAAUGUUAAUUUUUGUAUAUAAUUUUAUGGAGAGUUUUAUCCGUCCAUUAAUACAGAAUCAAGUUGACCUCAAUCCUGUGAUUUUGAUAAUGAAUAUUUUUGACAAUAUCCUUUAUAAUUGUCACUGUUAUUGUUUUCACUCAGUCAGUUCAUCUUGUAUAUUCAUCUGAUUUUAUCCUGUCGAUGAUGAAGGGGAGGGUGGGUUAUACAGCUGUGUGUUGAGUUUGCCAGUAUGUAGUGUAGAUAUUGUUUUAUGUAUAUUUUAUCUUGUGAUAACAGACUUUUAACUCCGUCCUAUAAGUUUUCAUACAGAUUAAUACAGAACGAAUAUUUACACCAACUUAUAGUGUAAUUUGUAUGUCAGUGGUAACAGUUAUCAAAUACAUAUAUUAUCUUGUAUAUUAAAUAUUUAAGAUAAACACAACAAAGUUGUGCCCUUAGUUUGAAAGCAGGGUUUGGUAAUUGAAAGUUUCAGAAAAAAUCAUUUCAACCAUUCUAUAAUGAUGAAUCUGAUGAAUUAAUGUAAAAUAACAGGGUCUUGCUAAAAACUCUGUUGGAAUCUUUUUAAAAAAUUGCUGAUGAAAUAAAACAAUUGAAGAAAAUAAAAACAGAAUGAAAUACAUAAAUCAUAAUAAAAAGUUUUUGAAGAAUUAAUCAUUGUAUAUGUUUGCAUGUGUGCCAAACGUAGGGAUCUUUGUCCCCUAAUACCAUGAUGAUAAUGAUACAGGAAGUGGCCAAACCAGACCAUGAUGCUGCUGACUGGUUAUGUGAUUGUCUAUCAACACUUCUUCGUGUAUACUACUGUUGGCUGUGUAUCACAAUAAAUUAUUUUGUAACGUUGA